AUGAAGAUUGGUUGGGACUCAGUUACUGGCUUAGAUAGAAUCUCAGCUGCAACUGCACCGAGCACAAUCACUCCAAGUCGACAUAUAAUAGCUGGCGAAACUUUGGUUUCAGUAGGUGGAAGCUAUGAACUGGGAUUCUUCAGCCCUGGUAAAUCGAAAAGCUGGUACUUGGGAAUAUGGUACACUCUUUCUACUGAUACAGUUGUGUGGGUAGCCAAUAGAGAAACACCACUUGGUGAUUCUUCGGGACUUCUGAAGCUCACCGAGCAAGGAGUUCUGGUCCUCCUCAAUAGCUCAAACAACAUUGUGUGGUCAUCGAAUUCUUCAAGAAUCGCAGGGAAUCCCGUGUCGCAACUCUUGGAUUCUGGAAAUCUUGUGGUGCAAGAUGAAAACGAAACUAACCCGGAUGACUUCUUGUGGCAGAGUUUUGAUUAUCCUUGUCACACACAACUACCGAAAAUGAAGAUUGGUUGGGACUCAGUUACUGGUUUAGAUAGGUAUCUCUCAUCUUGGAAGAGCACAGAAGAUCCUGCUCCAGGAGAGUUUCUGAUACGAAUGGAUUAUCGUGGCUUACCACAAGUUCUUCUUAUGAAAGGAGCUAAGAUACAGGCUAGACCAGGGUCAUGGAAUGGCGUUUAUUUGACAGGACUAGGAUAUGGUGUCCGAGAACCAAAUCCAAUAUCUGCUUAUAAAUUUGUGUUGAACAAGGACGAGGUCUAUUUUGAGUACAGCCUCCGAAGCAUGUCAGUUUUUUUUCAAUUUUUCAGAUCAUUUUAA